AUGUCAACUAGCAGUGAAAAAGUAAGUAAAGACUUUGGUGAUCAAUUAGCAAUGAUGGCAUCAAUGUCUAUGGUUAGUAUGUCUAUUGCAUUAGCUUUAGAAUUAAAAAUGUUUCCAAUAUUAGGAUCCAUAUCAUCUGAAAAAUGUCCUGCAACAGCAGAAGAAGUUGCAUUAAAAGGAAACUACAAACCAAGAUAUAUUCAAGAACUUUUGUCAGCUCUUGCCUGUGGUAAUAUUAUUGAAGUUACUAAUUGUGGAAAAAAAUUUUGGAUUACAGAGGACAAAAAACCUUAUCUUGUCAAUCCAACCUCCACUCCUGCAAUGACUAUCUUUCCUGAAAUACCAAUAUUUGGUAAAGUAUUUAAUGAAAUAAAAGAAGUUUGUAAAAAAGAUGGCCCACUUGGAAUGCAAUAUUCUUCAUAUGAAAAUUUUUAUGCAAAUAUGUCUGCAUUUAGUGAAUCAUUACAUAAGGAACACCUUAAACCUAAUAUUGUUCCACUCUCUGAAAUGGAUAAAAAAUUGGAAAGUAAAGAAAAAGUAGAAUGUCUUGAUGUAGGAUGUGGAGAUGGUUUUCAUGUUAUUGAAUUAGCACAUCACUAUCCCAAUGCUACUUUUACUGGUGUUGAUGUUACAAAAAAUGCUAUUGAAAUUGCGGAACAAAAAUUAAAACAACAAAAUAAUAAAAAUCUUAAAAAUGCUGUAUUUAUUAAUAUGAAUGCUGCAAAUUUAAAAGAAGAAUGGACUAAUAAAUUUGAUUGGAUUACAAUUUUUGAUGCUUGUCAUGAUCAAUGUAGACCUGAUUUAGCCUUAAAAGAAAUUCAUAGAUGUUUGAAACCGGAUGGAGUAUUUUCAAUGAUCGAGAUAAAAGGUUCUUCCAAUUGUUGUACUGAUAAAAAAAUUAAUCCUGUUGGAUCGGCAUUACUUUAUGGAAUAUCACUUUUCCAUUGCCUUCCUGUUGGCAAUAGUACAAAAGAUGCAUUAGGUCUUGGAGCUAUGUGGGGUCAAGAAAGAGCAUUAAAGAUGUUAAAAGAGGCAGGAUUUUCUAAAAUUGAAAUUGUUCCAACACCUUUCUUUCCAAUUAAUAUAAUGUAUAAGUGUAGAAAAUAA